AUGGCUGCAAAAUUAUUUUUAGGAAAGGAGGCAAAAUAUGCAGAAUGUAUUGAAGAUGAAGGUGAUGUAAGAUACGGCAAUGCUCAGCAAACACUCGUAAAUGAGCCAGAUAUCGCUGUUCAUCAGUCUACAUUCGAUAUAUCCGAUCAUCCCUUCUCUGCCAUCAAUUCUGCUCUUCUUCCCGAUUCAUUUGAUGACGCUAAAGAAAUAUUCGAUCAGUUUGGUUUCCGUAUCGAUGAAGAAUCAAUCGUCGAUCUAUCGAAACCCAUCGAAACAUCACAAGAUCGAAUGCGCUGGAUAGCUCAUAUCGAGUUUGCUCACGAAGAUAUUUCGGAGGAACUGACAUGGUCAAAGGUGGAAAUUGAUCGUUUGAGAAAUGAAAAAACGACCGAAUUACUUCGAAAUAUUGGUAUUCCACAUUCAUUACGUCCAUUUCUUUGGCCACGUUUUUGCGGUGCAACAGCCAAGAAGAAUGCUAGUUCAUUCACUUACGAAAAUGUUGUAAAACAGAGUGAAAAAGAUAAGCCGUCUAUUGGCGCCCAAAUCGAAAAGGAUCUUUUGAGGACGUUACCAAACAAUAUUUGUUUUUGGCAAGAAAAUAGCAAAGGAAUUGAGUCACUUCGCCGACUUCUUCGAUCGGUUGCUUAUAUGUAUCCGGAUAUAGGCUAUUGUCAGGGCAUGGGAGUUAUUGUUGCAUCACUACUCUUAUUUUGCUCGGAAGAAACAACAUUCUGGAUAAUGGCAUCGCUGGUUGAAGACAUCUUUCCGGCGAAUUACUACAGCCGAUCGCUUCUCGGUUUACAGGCUGAUGAACGUGUUGCUCGACAACUGAUGAGUGUUCACCUACCUGAAGUUGAUCGUUUAUUGAAGCAGAACGAUGUUGAAAUGUCGCUGAUCAGUGUCAAUUGGCUACUCACUGCAUUUGCAUCUGUUUUUCCGAUGAAAAUUCUUCUCAGGGUGUGGGACUUCCUUUUCGUCAAUGGAGGUGUCACCAUUUUUCGGAUUAUGAUCUCAAUGAUAAAAAUACGUGAAGAUGAUCUACUGGAAUUGAAUGGAUCUGAGAAUGCAUCUGCCGAUCUCUUCAAUGCAUUAGCUGAAAUUCCAUCUCAUAUAACAGAUGCUGAACAUCUUAUCGAAGUGUGUAUAUCAUUCGAAUUUGCAAUUACACCGGAACUCAUCGAAAGUUCAAGACGUCGACAGCAAGCCGUUUUAUUGGCGGAUCAAGGCCUCAUUAUUGAUCCAAAUAGAAACACCAACCUACCAAAACAAAGAAUCCAACGAAGAAAAUUGGUGCGGUCGAAGAGCCUCGUCCAACAAAUAUUCGCUGUCACAAAAGAGCAGGGUGAAGAGAAUGACCCGAAAAUGAAAAACGUGCGUCAAACGGAACUGAUUGUCGAUUUGCGAGAUGCUGUCUUACAACUUUGUCGGCAUUUCAUCAACUGUGACGAGUCUUUUGCGAGCACAGUGAAUUUGCAGGCGGAUUAUUCUUGUGAAGAGAGUAGCGAUGAGAAGGAAGAAUUCAUUAAAGCGAGGCGACAGGGAUAUCGCAGAGCGCGUGCACUUCUUGAUUUUCAACGGCAAGACGAAGAUGAACUGGGAUUUAUGAAAAACGAUAUUAUCACUGUUAUAUGUGAAAAGGACGAACAUUGUUGGAUUGGUGAGGUGAAUGGUCUAAGGGGCUGGUUCCCUGCCAAAUUUGUCGAGGUGGUCGAUGAACGAGGCAAAAACUACACGGUUUUUGGUGACGAAGCUGUUUGUUCGGAAAUAACCGAACUGGUGCGAGGCCGACUAGCAUCUGCGUUAAAACCAAUUCUAGAGCAUGGCCUGCGUCGAAGUGGAGUGUUGAAUCUCGCAGUUCAUCCGUGGCUUUUUAUUGAGGAGAUAGCAGCUCAUUGUGUGCAAAGUCAUUUCAAUGCAGUUUAUUCACGUCUUACUCUAUGUAAUACAUUCAGUUUAGACCAGGAUGGAAAGGUAUUAACACCAGAAGAAUUGUUCUUCCGAGGAGUGCAACUGAUCAACGAAACACACAACGCUGUCGGUGCACAGAUGGACGUCAAAUUGCGAUCAUUAAUUGCACUUGCAAUCAACGAGCAGUGCCUUCAUUUAUGGUUCGAUUUGUUGUGCAGUCGUCCGGCUGAAAAUAUGAUUCGAGAGAAAUAUUAUCGCUCGUCUGCAUUUAUAAGAUCACCGGUCUGGAAGCAGGUCCGAAGUUUACUCAUUCCAUCAAUCUUACGCUUUCUUAAGUGGCUCCUUGCACAAUUUUGUUUCAAUUUAAAUGUUGAUUUCGAAAUCGCUGGCAUAACAAAGCCACAAAAGAAUGGCAUAACUGUCUCCAAUUCCAGAAAGAAGAGUUUAGCGUUCCUUCGAAGGGAUUCUCAUUCCAAUUCGUUUGAACAACCUCUGAAAGAAGGAGUCCGUGAUAUGCUUAUUAAGCAUCAUUUGUUCAGUUGGGAUUUGUAG